UAUUGAGGUAUACUUCGACUCCGAUGGGUCGUAAACGCCAGCGUAAAUCCGGAAACAUCAAUAAUGCUGAGAUUGGGGAUAAGAGAUCAAGACAAAUUAGUGAUGAUGAUGACUUUGUUAGUUAUGACAUGUUAGGCCAAGAACAAGCUGCAACAAUGAGGUUGAAUUUGGUGAAGGAGAAAAGAAGCAACGAAGCUAAUGAAGAAGAUAGCAACAAUGAGGUUGAGUUUGGUGUGUUCCCUAUGUUGGCCUGCAGAACAAACCCACAAGUUAUGGUAAACACCAUUGAGAAGAUGAAUAACAUUCAAAAAAGGGAAAUAAUAGAUAUGGGGUUUGGCCACAUGCUAUCAUUGAGAGUAAAAGAAGUUCCAUCAAUGCUUGGCUAUUGGCUUAUCGACAAUUUUAAUCCAAUUACUUGUGAAAUAAGUCUUCAGGAUGGGAGAAAAUUACACAUCGAACAUAAUGAUGUCUAUCGUGUUUUUGGAUUUCCAAAGGGGAAGCGUAUUAUAAAGAAGAAAAAGAAACAGGAACAUCAUGAGCUUUUGAACGAGUGGAAGAAGUUUUUCCCGGGCAAGGAGCAUAAAAUUCUACCUGUAGAUGUGUCCAAUGAAGCUCUUCGGCACAUUGAUGGUGGUAUCUGGUUUCGACGCCAAUUUAUGAUUUUAUUGACGAUCUGUCUCAUAGAAAAUGGGUCGAACGGCUAUGUUACGCCUCAAAUAAUGCGAUGUUUUGAAGAUGUUUCUCAAUUGGUUGAGUGAGAUUGGUGUGAAUUUGUAUUUAGGUGUCUGGUAGAUCACAAGAUUCAUUGGUCAAAGAAUCAGAACAACCAUUUUGUUGGUUCAAAUUAAUCUUUUUUUAACGGUAUGUGUCAAAUAAUUGUUGUAUCAUGAAUAAGAAAAAUUAUUUCGUGUGACAUGAGUA